GGAUCCAUGGCAGCAAUGGCGGGUGCCCGCGCGGCGCCAUGGCGGUGGCAGCGGCCGGAUCCGAGCCAUGGCUGCUGCGCGCGGGGCUAGCGGCGGCCGUUCUCCUCCUCUGCCCCCUCACCUGCCGCACGCCAUGGCGGGUCUCCUCGAGGUCCACCGCGCGACUUCGGCCGGGCCGGACCUCCUCGACCUCAGCCGCGCGAGGCUGUCUUUCUUCCCGGCGCACCCCCUCGUCCCUCUCCCUCCUCCAGAUGCCGCCGCGCGCCAUGGCGGACCGCGACGGCCUCCGCAGCGUGCCAUGGCGGGCCGCCUCGAGCUCCGCCGGCCGGAUCCGCACGCGGUCACCAUGGCAGAGCUCGUGGCGGCGUCCAGCGGCGGUGGUACCCCGCACCUGCAGUACCCACUACCUGCAGUACCCCGCACCCCAGAACGCCGGCCAGCCGGGCGGCCAGUGCCGCCGGCAUCCAUGGCCAGGAGCGCUUCGAGCUCUCCUAUUUAGGCAGGGGCGGCUCCAAAUGGUGGAUCGGGUCUCGCGUUUCGUCGUCCGCCGCGCGUCUCGACGUCUCUCCGUCUCGGACUGUCUCUCGGAGUCUCUCCGAAUCCAAAUCGCUCCGCGUCUCUGCUCCCUCGGUCAGUCCGUGCAGGUUUUGGGGCAGCGGCAUGGCGCCGCGGUGGCCGGCGAGCGGCGGCCGCAGGUACUGCCGAUUCGUCCGCGCUUGGAAAUUUGGGAGCUGCCACCAGUACCGAUCUCCUCUGCCCUCCCAUACAGCCCCCACCCCUGCAUUUCGUUGGAAGCAGCAACUUGCAUGCAGUUGCUGAGGAAUCGAUCCUGCUGUAUCAAACCCCCAGCGAGAUCUGAACCUUUCCUCCUCCCUACUAAGGUUGCAAUCCCUGUGGCUAAGAAUGAAUCUACAGAACUGACUUCUCCAAGCAGCAGGCGAUUAGCCUAAUCUGUUUCCCUGUGGAUAAUAAGUUGGGUGAACAUUGCAAUAUGAAAGAGAAACAUUGCAACAUGGGGAAGAUUUUAUCUCGGAGAUGUAGGCGAUGGUGCUGCUUCUGAAGCUCAUCGUCAACAUGGUCAUGGGAAGGUGACGCAAAAUCAUUCACAUUCUUCAGCUUUGCAAUAAAAUGAUUUAGCGCAUAUCAUGCUAAUUACACAUUUGAUUAUAACUAUCAACUCUGAUUUUGACUUGCUUACCUACAUCUCCUUUCUUAGUCCUUUUUCAUGCCCAGGGAGAUAUUAAUUAUGGUCCUAAAUUAAAAUUAGAAAGUCCCUUCUUCAGCUAAAGCUUAUUGUGGUUUGUAUUUCCCUUUUCCUCAUUGUUAUUUAAAUUCUGAAUACCCUACUAGGUUAAAGCUUUUUUCUGAGCCUCAGACUUCAGAAUUACAAAGCUAUUUUCCAUGGCAAUACUGCUUGUGGGUUCAUAGUCUUCAGUCUUGACCUCCCUAGCAACAUCAAAUUUCCCCUUAAACUACUGAUACACAUUAUUGUAACAACUACUUAAACUGAUUCUGUUUCCCCCUUUUUAGAGCAUGAAUACCUUUAUCAGAUAGAAGAUCCUGCGGCGUGAUUUUAUUUCAACCCGAAUUUCCCGCGGCAUGCAGAUAGAAGAUCUCUGCCUAACUGCAUAUGGGGAUUUGAUUUUUGUUUCAGUAUCAGAUCGCUUCUAUAAUGCUGGAUGGGUGCCAGUAUUAUGCUGGGUUGAGUUUGUGCCCCCAUCCCCCUUCCAGUGGAAAUUUUGCUGCUGCUGUAUUUAACAUCCUAAGGUUAUUUUGACUUUUUUCUUAUAUGUUGCUCAUGUAGGUCAAGUACCUCGGAGAAGAAGGUGAAAGCACCCCUGCAGCUGGUGUUACAUUUAUUUGCUCACCCUGGGAGCUGCUGAGAAUGCUGCAGUGAUUGUGAACCCAAAGGGAGAGAUGAAAGAAGCAAAGCAUAGGAAAAGAAUGCCAUUCUACUGUAUUUGGGGGUGACUUCACGGUGACCUGCUCAUCCUUCACGUACAACUCUGAAACUGUACCUGUCUGCCUCCGAUUUUGUCCGCCCCGUCUUCUUUUCCCAUCAAGGCUGCUGGAUUGGCGACUGCUGCAGGGGUUGGAAUGGGUGCUGUUGGUGCAGUGGGGGUCCCUCGCCGCCUGCCUCGUUUGCGUCGUGCGCGUCGCAGAUUCUUACUUCGGCUUCUCCCUUUCACAUUUGCCCCCGUGAACGGCUGGUUGAAGCGUUUGUGCGCCAAGAAGUCAUUUCGCAUGUAUUAUUAUCAUGGCCUUCUAUGUUGCUUUAAAAUUAUUUUCUUAUGGACUGUGGUGGUCUCAUUUGCUGCUCAUCAGUCUUCCAGUAAGCAUGUAUCCUAUGGCGAGGAAAAAAAUAUGUACAUAUAUAAUGAACUGAAAAAUAUACUUGCAUCCUCC